CAUAUACACACCCCCACUCACCCACCCCUCCACCCCUCCGAGUCAAACUCCACUCUCAAUCCCAAGUACAUCUCUAAAUCGCCAUAUUGGGUACUGAGAAGGUUUGUCUGCAGUUCCUCUCACUACGGGACGAAUUUGACAGAGCGGCUUCAGUUCCUGGCCACUUUGUUUUGAUGAUCCGCGGAGACAACUUUCGGCUUCAAAACACCGCGGCCGUUACCGUUUCCAGCCCGACGUAUGCAUGGCAUAAAUCGUUUUAUGCUUGUUUUGGAUCUUGCUCAGCUACGAGGAGAUACCCGUUGUUUUUGAGCGGUGGGUUUUUCUUUUGAAAACUGGACGCUGCAGGCUGUUUGAAAAAAUUCUGUCUUAAUUUAGGGGGAAAUGUCAGAUGUUCGACUAUCAAACGGGAGCCCGACUUUGGAGCGGACGGACUCCCGGGUGUCGGAUCACCCAAAACCGUCAGCUUGCAGAAGCCUCUUCGGCUCGGUGGAUCACGAAGAGUUAAAGAGGGAUUUAAAGGGACAUUUGCGGGAGAUGGAGGAGGCUGCCUCCGCCAAGUGGGGCUUCGACUUCGCCAAUCACACGCCGCUGGCCAACGGCAGGCUCAAGUGGGAAUUAGUGGAUUGUAGAGACGUCCCGGAUUUCUACAACAAGCAACCGCGGAGGGAGAAGAGAGUCUUCUCUGCUGGGAAUAACAAUGUGGAUCUAAAUGGGAAUCAUAACUGUGUUGUGGUGGCUCCGAGCGAAGACACCGACAGGUCUGACGCGCAGAUGGAGUGCACGGAACAGUGCACCGGGCUGAGGAAAAGACCUGCACGUCACGAGCCCUCGGCCCAAAAUAAGAGGUCACACACCAGCUCAGAUGAGGUUACUUGUCCAAGCCUGGGCCACUCUACAGAACACACACCCAGAAAGACCAGUCCCAAGAGGCAAACGUGAGGGCCUGGAACGAGCCGAAGAUGUUAUUUCCCCUGUUACGUGGGAAACCUCAGUGUUGGCCGAUUUUGGAAGAGGAACUACACAGCAUCAGAAACAUAUCAACUCUCCUGAAGAUGGGGGAGGACGCUGUUGAAGCACUGAAUAGAAACACUAAAGUUGUGGCACUCAAUUAAAAAGUUACUGCCUCUAAAAGCAGUCAAUGUAGCAGUAUGCAAUUAGGUUUGAUUUCCUUUUUUGCUCAUUUUUUUACUACCUGUGUGUAAAUAAAUAUACAUAUUAUAUUA